AUGGAACCCGUGGUCAAUAUCUUGUUGGACUCCUUCCCCGGCUUGUCGCUCCCUCCAACGCUGUGUAUGCCUCUGCCUGCGUCAGCGACCCUUGCAGACCUAUUUUCUUCCAUCCGACAUGUGCUCCCGGCGAGCCUGCCGGCGAACACCCGGCUCAUUCUAACAUCCACCUCAAACACUCCUAUCUACGACUCCCCAUCCACCACGAUAGCCGAAUUAUGCCGUUUUGCGCCAUGUCAGGACGUUCCUACAGGCUCGUUCCUGCCCCUGCGUCUAUCUGCCCCGCUCGUUGGUGGCAAAGGUGGUUUUGGGUCUCAACUUAGGGCCGCAGGUGGUCGUAUGUCCUCGCGCAAGAAGCGUCAGAAUGCCGAGCUUGCUACAGGAAGUGCCCGCAACCUAGAUGGUAGAAGACUCAGGACCAUUACCGAGGCCAAGAAUCUAGCAGCAUAUUUGGCUACCAAGCCGGAAGUGGACAGGAAAGAGAAGGAAGAGAGACGCAAGAGAUGGGAACAAGUCAUCGAAUUGGCUGAGCAGAGAGAGGCAGACAUGAAGUCCGGAAAGACAGCAGAUGGUCGUCGUAAAGGCAUCAGUGACGAGUGGGUCGAUCAAAAGGAAGAGGUAGGUGAGAACGUCAGAAACGCCGUCAAGCUUGCUAUGCUUGCAAACGAGGACAUGGGCAAGGACAAGGCCAAAAGGGUCUCACCACAACAAGGCGAGAGUAGUGGAAGUGGAGGAUCCUUACCGCCUAGCGACGAGGAUAGCGACGCAGAUGAUCUGAUGGAGCUUGAUGAAGAUGGCAUGUCCAGACUGAAAAGCGAAGCCGAGACAGGAGAUGCCGAUGCGAUUUGGGUGCUUCAGAACCGCCUUAAGAUCCCAUCGGAGCUCCUGCCUAAGGCGAAGCCAAUACUCCGCCGGAGAUUCGCAGGUUUUGACGACGAUGAGGAUGAUUUGUCCAGCAGUGAAGAUGAGGAGCCCUCUGCCCAACUAGCAGGUAAGGGCAAGCAAAAGGUUGACAGCACGCGAUAG